UUUGAGUCCCGCCCGCUAGCAGGAGCAGCUUUCGUCUUGCCAAGAGUCCCAACUUCACUCUGCUACUAUUAACAUGUCCUUACAACACAUAGUGACAAAUACUUCCAGUUUGUGUCGGUCGACUUAGCUACACAUUAAGUACCUUGCUUUGCGGAUUAAUUCCAAUAAGAGGCGCUGGUUAGCCAUUUUGUUAUUGUUCGAGUUGGCUUUUGAUAGCUAGAUUCAUCCACGCCCGCCCCCCUUGUGCUCGCAGCUCUGUCCCGCCGUCAUGCCGUUCGUAGACGACCCGUCGGUGUUCACCAAGGAUAAGCUGAAGAGUGAGUUGCUAGCACACAACGUGGAGCUGCCGAGCGGCAACCAAGCUAAGGACGUAUACGUGCAGCUUUACCUCAAAAACUUGACCGCCCAGAACAAGAAGCAUGUGGCGGCCAUAACUUCUGACGCGUUCUCCAGCGACGAGGAGCUGCCGCCGCCUGUUGUGUCCAACAGAAGUCGGUCCUCUGGCAAAAAAGCACCUCGGAAAACUGAAAAGGUUCCAGUGGAGCUGGACGUGACAACGCUGACUGACGAAGACCUGAGAGAAGAACUGAUCAAGCAUGGAGUGCAUGCUGGCCCGAUUGUGGCAUCUACCCGUCAGCUGUACGAGAAGAAGUUGCAGAAGCUUCUUAAUGGUGGUUCUGCACAGGAAGGAAUAACAAAGAUAGUGGUCACAGAGAUUCAAAUCACCCACAAUGGCAACUCUGAAUCAGAACUCUACAGUGACAAGGAGGAUGAUGUGAUAGUUGAAGAACCUGAGCCUGAGCCAGUUCCAGUGGUGGAGAAGCCAGUAAGAAGCAGAGGGAAGACACCAAUCACAACACGCACACGUAGCAGCCAGUACAAGACUCAAAUACUGCUUGAGGAUCUCAGGCCUGUAAUAAAUCAUCAGGUCACAUUGGAGUCCAACCGAAAUGUUUGCAACAGGUUGGAAAGUCCUGCUCGGGCUGAGCCUUUGGCAGACUCAUCUUGGCCCAUUCAGCCAAAGGCCCUGCCAGAGGAACAAAUCCCGCAACCAGCUGCCAAGCAAUCCAGGGCUUCCCCCCCUUGGAUUUGCUAUACGAAAAUUGACCCAGUGACGUUUAGUCCUAUGCGAAAUGUCUCGCCCAUUAAAAAGCAAGAGUCCCACUGGUCAGUUUUAGAGCAGUUUGGAUCCAAACCAAGCAGUGGGAAAGCAGCGGUGGCGUGUGAUCCUCCAGAUGACCUGACUUAUAUAAGGAGACCACAGGAAAUCACAAACCUCAUGUCGACACGCAGCCUAGAGAAGCGCAGUUGUGCAUUGCCACUGUCCAAUGAGAUGUUAGUGAGACAGGUGGAGAAGAUAGCAGCCAGUGACCAAACCCCUAAGGUGGACGAGAAGGAUGUUCUGAAAGAGCUGUUCCCCAAUGACAUCAACAGUUCACUAGGAUUUACGGCCACUUGCAGACGACCUAUCCGGGGAGCUGCCGGACGCCCCGUGACCUCCCGUGAUCUCUUGAAUGAUGAAAACUCCUACUUUUCUUCCAAAACGGCUCAAAUACUCAGCAACUCCACCUCUUCCUCCUACACAGAGAACCGUAUUAUCAACAGAGUCAGCAGUGUGCCAACCUUCUCCCCCAACCUCUUGCCCAGCACCACCAAGCUCCUGUCUGCCAUGCCCCCUGCUGCUCCAACCAAAGUAGCACGCCCAGGCAUGGCGCUGUGGAAAAAGAUGCUCCUGUUGGUGAUAGGAGCUGCUUUCCUGUUCUUUGUUUACCAAGCUAUGGAAACCAAUUCCAUCAACCCUUUUUCAGCAGAAAGCUCAGAGGUGGUGAGUGGUAGCAAAGCAUAAAAGUUCACCAAGAGGACAGUUUGCUCAUAAUUCGUUUUUCUGUGAAUCACCAUUAGUCAUUUUUUUAAGACUAUAACAUACAAAAAUGUAACACCAUAGCUAACAUUUGUGUCUUUUUUAUUGCAUUAUUGCAUGGUGUGAGUGAAUGUAGUGUUCAUUAGCUUAGUCAUUAACAAUCUUGAAAAUGGAAUUUAAAAAUGUAUUUUUUUAUUUUUAUUUGAACCUUCUUGAUAAGACUUGUUAUCCAAAUAAUUUUAAAUUUUAAGCCUCAUCAAUAUUUUUCUUAAAUGUUCUUCUUAUAAUAAAUGGAAAUGUAAAAUUUGACCAAAUUAUGUAUUCAUGUGACAAAUAUUGAAUAUAUUCUCAAUAAACUAUAAUAUGGAA